AUGUCAUCCGACACCCCAUCGACAGAUCUGUGGCUUGAGCGAUCUCGUCUCGACGGAAUGAUGUUAGGAGCAGUAUCCUACGGCGGAUUCUUUAUCCUUACUGUACAAGCGGCGGCUACUCUCAUGCGACGGCCUCAACAUGGUGGGAAGAUUGCAGAUCAUCGCUUAGCUCUACUUCCCUACGUCUUGAUCACUUUUGUAUUGGGGACAAUAGGCUUCGCUGCGAACGCAAAAUACACCCAGAUGAUCUGGAUAGACCUUCGUGAUACGCCUGGUGGGCCGUCGCAUUAA